UCUCUCUCUCUCUCUCUCUCUCUCUCUCUCUCACCACGUUUCGCUUCUCAACUCAGUUCUAGGGCAUUAUUUGGUGACUUAAUAUGGGACCAAAGAGAAGAGGAAGGAAGACCAGUCGUAAAGUUCAAAGUGAUGCCAAUGGUUGUGGCACUCAAGAGAAUACUAUUUCAUCAAAAGCUUCUACAUCUGUAUCUGAUAUGCCUUCGGAACAUCCCAUUCAAUGCAAGUCCACUGAUGCAUUAAUGAGCCAAUCUUGUGUAGAAGCAGAUAUUUGUAUGCCCAAAAAUAAAGAAAAGGAGCAGAAUAUCCUCUGUCAAGCUACAGGAAAAGACAAUGGAAGGAGUGAUAUCCAAGACAAAGUUAAAGACAGUUCAGUUGUAGCUGAUACCGAGGUAUUAGCAAAAGUGUCUGCGUUAGAAGCUGUAAAAAUGAACAUAGAGCAAAGUAUAAAUGAGAAAAGUUCCAACCCCGACGAAACAGGUGAUUCCAUGAAGAAUGGGAGUCUGGUAAAGAAUCAGGAUGAUGACGUAGAAGUUCAUGAUUUGUCAGGUUCCCAAAACAAUUUAGAUGUCAAAUUUACGAAGAAAAGUAAAAAGAGAAAAAGGAGGAAGACUAAAAAUAAUGUAGUCGAAAGUGAUGCCAAUGGUUGUGGCACUCCUGAGAAUACUUUUCCAUCAAAAACUUCUACAUCUGCAUUGGAUAUGCCCAUAGAACAUCCCAUUCAAUGUCUGUCUACUGAUGCAUUAAUGAGCCCACCAUGUGUACAAGCAGAUAUCUGUUUACGCGGAAAUGAAGAGGAGGGGCAGAAUAUCCUCAGUCAGUCUGCAGAAAAGGGCAAUGGAGAGAGUGAUAUCAAAGACGAAGGAGGUAACUGCAGCUCAGUUGUAGCUGAUGCAGAGUUAUUUGCAAAAGAGUCUGUGUUAGAAGUUGUACAAAUGGACAUGGAGCAGAGUAUAAAUCAGAACGGUUCCAACCCCAAGGAAACAAGUGAUUCCUUGAACAAUAAAAGUCUGACAAUGAAUAAUGAUGAGGACCUAGAAGUUCAUGAUUUGUCUGAUAAAUCUGAUUGCAUUAAAACCUAUUCAAGGAAAAAUUUAAACAACGUACAUUGUAUCAAGGAACCACCUAUCCAGGACCAUCACAAUGAUGAUUCACAUGAAGUUUCUGAUGGACCAUUGACAGAUGGCUUAAUGGAAAGAGAAACAGAACAUUCAACCAAUCAGAACAAAGUUGAAGCUGAGGAAAUGGAGUUGACAGCAGAGAAUAGUUCUGAGCAAAGAUCUACAACUACAUCUUGUCUUGUAGACAUUCCAGUGACACCACUUCAAGAAAUAAAUGCUAGUCAGGUAGAUCAUGCUGAGGUUACAAGAAAUGGUGGUAAUUCAGAGAUAUCACAAUGCUCCGUGGAGAGACCUACAUCUUGUCUUGUAGACAUUCCAGUGACACCGCUUGUAGAAACUAAUGCUAGACAGGUAGAUCAUGCUGAGGCUACAAGAAAUGGUGGUAAUUCAAAGAUAUCACAAUGCUCAGUGGAGAGACCUAUUAUCAGCAACUCAAAGAACAAGCUUCUCAUCCUUGAUGUGAAUGGACUACUUGCUGAUUGUGUCAGUGAUGUUCCUAACGGAUAUUAUCAACCAGAACCAGAUUUUUGGGUUAGAAGGAGAAAAGUGUACAAGAGGCCCUUUUGUGAUGAUUUUCUACGGUUUUGCUUUGACAGAUUUCAUGUGGGAAUUUGGUCAUCUAGAGCCAAGUGUAAUGUUGAUGACGUAAUCAAACAUCUUAUGGGGAAAUCUGCAUCCAGGCUGCUCUUUUGUUGGAAUCAGUCCCACUGCACAACAACAAAAUUCAGUACUGUUGAGAAUAAAGAGAAGCCCCUUGUGUUGAAGGAACUCAGAAAGCUGUGGGAGAAGCUGGAACCUGGUCUUCCAUGGGAGAAGGGAGAGUUCCAUGAGUCAAACACAUUAUUAGUGGAUGACUCCCCUUACAAGGCGCUUGUGAAUCCUAUGCAUACGGCCAUAUUCCCCUACUCUUACCGCUACCACUACACCAAAGACUCGUCAUUAGGACCUAAAGGUGAUCUUCGGGGUUAUCUAGAAAGGUUGGCUAUGGCUGAUAACGUUCAAGAGUUUGUGUCACGGAAUGAAUUUGGCCAGCGGCCCAUAAGACCAGCAAAUCCAUCAUGGGGUUACUAUCUCAAAGUUAUAGAAUCAGUGCAGGAAAAUGAUAUACCCUCAGCACCUGAUGGGGGAGCAAACUGCUUAAAGAAGAAAGUAGGAUGAAAGCCAUUGAGACGAAUAUUGAUGCACGCCGUUCGUACUUUAGAGUGUACUUGUUUGUGUUACAAACACAUUACAUACAUCCUAGGACACAGAUAUGGGGCCAAAUAUUUUUUGGUGUUUCAGAAAUGAUAUUUAUCACGAAGAAUUGACUCAUGAAAGCAUCUCGAAUUCCAAACUGAUGGGUGGUACAAUAUUAAUGCUAUACCCAACCGUGUUUUCCGACCAACAGAGAAUUUAAUUGGUUCACUAAAAAUCGCGACUCCGUGCGUGAAAUUGUUGUGAAAUUUAACCCUGCUCGUUGGAUUUUUGUUGCAUACAUUGAGGUCUAAAAGUGUAUUUGCCUCAAAAGAACUAUAUACUUUAGGAUUAAAUUUACUUUUACAGUUAACUGCAUACCAAGCUUACACAAAUAUUUUAUGGCCACAUGCAUGUCCAAAGCAGUUGAAAUGGCAAUACAAACUUUAUUGUGAUUCGGUAA